UGACUCAGGAUAGCACAUUAAGUGAAACAAUUUUGGUUAGGUAUAUAAGAACAGAGGUUUACAGAAUGGUUGAUGAUCAGAAUCACCCAGAACAGUGGCUGUCAGUCUUGGCUGCACACUGAAAUGAUCUGGGAAUUUAAAAAAAAAAAUACUGAGUUUAAAAAAACCAACUUUGACAAAUAUAUUGAGAUUGGUUCCCUCAGAAUUUUGAUUUAAUGUGUUUGAAGUACAAUAUGGAUGUAGGAAUUUUGUAAGCCUCUCGAGGUGAUUGUAAUAGGCAUCCAAGGUUGAGAACCACCAAAAGGGGAUUUUUAUGCUUAAAGAUUCCUAGACUGUAUCUUAAAACUAAUACAUUAGAAUCUCUGGGUAUGGGGUCUGAGAAUCUAAUACGAAAAAGUUUGCUUAGUAAUUCUAAGGACUAACCAGUUAGGUUUCUCCUUUGUUAGAGUACAAUGGUUAGUCUCCUAAUACCAGUGUAGACAUCCGACCUCGUAGAAGUAGGAAAAUAAAGGGUUGAAGCCUCUAGAGUUCUUUGGUGGAUUCUACUAUUAGUUCUAAGAAAGCAACCCAACCCUGUUAAUAAUUAUUACCACCACAAAAGUACAAAAAGCUAUACAUAUUGAAAUUAUAAUUGUUAUUUUUGUGUAGACACAAUUAAAAUGUUUAUGUUUUAAAUCACAGUUUUUGUAUAAACUGUUCAUUUAGAUAAUUAACUUUUGUUGUACUGACAUGAUUCACUAAUUUUCUAAAUAUAAAAGUCUUAGCUUUUAGUUAUUUUUUAAGCUAAUGAACUGUUUGAUAAUUAUGGUUAUUUUUAAUGAACUUUUGUGAUGUUUUAGGUUCCCUUUUGAAUUCCAUGUGUUUCAAGUGCUUUCCAACUUUGAGAGGAAGAAAUUGACUGCCUGGACUAUGGAACUGAAUAUAAAUAGUCUCUGAAAAGAACACCGACAACUUCAAAGAAAAAUGAAGAUCUUUCUGUUGCUUUCAGCCAUUGGCUUUUGCUGGGCUCAGUAUUCCCCACAUACUCAACCAGGACGGACAUCUAUUGUCCAUCUGUUUGAGUGGCGCUGGGUUGAUAUUGCUCUUGAAUGUGAGCGAUACUUAGCUCCCAAUGGAUUUGGAGGGGUUCAGAUCUCCCCACCCAAUGAAAAUGUUAUAAUUCACAACCCUUCACGACCUUGGUGGGAAAGAUACCAACCAAUUAGCUAUAAAUUAUGCACAAGAUCUGGAAAUGAAGAUGAAUUCAGAAACAUGGUGACUAGAUGUAACAAUGUUGGUGUCCGUAUUUAUGUGGAUGCUGUCAUUAACCAUAUGUGUGGCAACGGUGUGAGUGCGGGAACAAGCAGUACUUGCGGAAGCUACUUCAAUCCUGGAAGUAGGGACUUUCCAGCAGUCCCAUAUUCUGGUUGGGAUUUUAAUGAUGGUAAAUGUAGAACUGGAAGUGGAGAUAUUGAGAACUAUAAUGAUGCUGCUCAGGUCAGAGAUUGUCGUCUGGUUGGUCUUCUUGAUCUUGCACUGGAGAAAGACUAUGUGCGCUCCAAGGUUGCCGAAUAUAUGAACCAUCUCAUUGACAUUGGUGUAGCCGGGUUCAGAAUUGAUGCUUCCAAGCACAUGUGGCCUGGAGACAUGAAGGCAGUUCUGGAUAAACUACAUAAUCUUAACACAAGUUGGUUCCCUGAAGGAAGUAGACCUUUCAUCUACCAGGAGGUAAUUGAUCUGGGUGGAGAGCCAAUUCAAGGCAGCGAAUACUUUGGAAAUGGCCGUGUGACAGAAUUCAAGUACGGUGCAAAAUUAGGCACGGUAAUUCGCAAGUGGAAUGGAGAGAAGAUGGCUUAUUUAAAGAGCUGGGGAGAAGGCUGGGGUUUUAUGCCUUCUGACAGAGCACUUGUCUUUGUGGAUAACCAUGACAAUCAACGAGGACAUGGAGCUGGAGGAGCAUCUAUUCUUACAUUCUGGGAUGCUAGACUGUACAAAAUGGCAGUUGGAUUUAUGCUUGCUCAUCCUUAUGGAGUUACACGAAUCAUGUCAAGCUAUCGUUGGCCAAGAUAUUUUGAAAAUGGAAAAGAUAUUAAUGAUUGGAUUGGGCCACCAAAUAGCAAUGGUGUGAUUAAAGAAGUUACUAUUAAUCCAGACACUACUUGUGGCAAUGACUGGGUCUGUGAACAUCGAUGGCGUCAAAUAAGGAACAUGGCUAUUUUCCGUAAUGUAGUUGAUGGUCAGCCUUUUACAAACUGGUGGGAUAAUGGUAGCAACCAAGUGGCUUUUGGGAGAGGAGACAGGGGAUUCAUAGUCUUCAACAAUGAUGACUGGUCAUUUUCUUUAACUUUGCAAACUGGUCUUCCUGCUGGCACAUAUUGUGAUAUCAUUUCUGGAGAUAAAAUUGAUGGCAAUUGCACAGGAAUUAAAAUCUAUGUUUCUAAUGAUGGCAGUGCUCAUUUUUCUAUCAGUAACUCUGCUGAAGAUCCAUUUAUUGCAAUUCAUGUUGAGUCUAAAUUAUAAAAUUCAAAUUAAAUGCAUAUACCCAAAGCAAUAAA